AUGUCUACCACGCCACAAGGCUCUACAACGACUCAAAACGAAACACCCUUAACUUCGACGACAAAUACAGUGCCUGAUCAAGACUACCUUCUGACUGACGACAAUACCGAUUGUCGACGUAGUGAGGCAUUUGAUCUGCCUAAAUCAAAGAAAUUCAGAUCAUCAACAUCAUUGAUUAGUAACGGCAGCGAAACAAUCAAUAUGUCAUCAAAUGGUAAUAAUGCAAAUCUCGGUGAAGCUAUGGAACAUACUAAUGGAAGCGUGAAUUGUAAUGGGAACAGUGAAAAUAAUAGUUCACAAGCAACACAACAAACAACAACAUCGAAUCAAAUGGCAGACGGUUUACAACACCAAACGUCAACAACAUCGUCGAAGACACCCGAAAUCGAUGAAGGUCUCUAUUCUCGACAAUUGUACGUCAUGGGCAAGGAAGCCAUGCACCAAUUGGCUAACGCUCAUGUUCUUAUAUCUGGCAUGCGUGGUCUUGGUGUUGAAAUAGCGAAAAACAUCAUUCUUGGUGGCGCUAAAGCAGUCAUCAUUCACGAUUGUGAUAAAGUCGAUUACGCUGAUCUUUCGUCACAAUAUUAUUUUUCGGAAAAGGAUAUUGGUCAAAAUCGCGCUACUGUGGCGAAUAAACGAUUAGCAGAAUUGAAUAGUUAUGUCAACGUAACAUGCUCGUCAGCACCACUCGAUGGAACUUUUCUUCAAGAAAAUAAAAUCAAUGUUUUCGUUCUAACCGAUGCUGAUUUUGCGGAACAAGUCAGCUUAGGUGAUUAUUGUCACAGCAACGGAAUAAAAUUCAUCGUUGCCAAUACGAAAGGUUUAUUUGGUCAAAUUUUCUGCGAUUUUGGUAAGAAUUUUGUUGUUCUCGAUACCAACGGCGAAAAUCCAUUAACGCAAAUCGUCACCGAAAUAAGUCAUGAUGAAUCGGGUGCUGUUUUUAUGUCCACAGAUACACGACAUGGGUUUGAAGAGGGUUCAUAUGUUACCUUCCAUGGUGUCAAAGGAAUGACUGAAGUCAAUGAUCGAGAAUUUAAAAUUGCCGUACCAAGUCCAUUCACAUUCACUAUUGGAGAUACGAGAAACUUUGGAGUUUAUGAAAGUGGUGGAACAGUAACUGAAGUGAAAAAACCAGAAUCUGUGAAUUUUAGAUCAUUUUCGGAAUCUUUACAAGAGCCUGAAAUGUUAAUUUGUGAUUUUUCCAAAAUGUCCAUGCCUGCCAAUCUUCAUUUAGCAUUUCAAGUUUUACCGCGUUAUCAAAAGCAGUACAAUUCCUUGCCAAAACCAUGGAAUGAUGCUGAUGCUGAGAAAUUCUACGAAUUAGUCGAAACAUUGAACAAAGAAAAUCGAGAAAAUCCCUUAACCGAUGAAUUGAAUAAACACUGGAUUAAAUUAUUUGCCAAGACAUGCACAGGUGAUUUAUGUCCAAUGCAAGCUGUCAUUGGUGGAAUUGCUGCUCAAGAAGCCAUGAAAGCAGUGACAGGAAAAUUCAUGCCGAUUCGACAAUUCUUCUAUUUUGAUGCGAUCGAAUGUUUACCAGAAGAUGUCUUUCAACCACCAACCGAAGCAGUAACAACAACCGAGAACAAAGGUUCUCUCAGAUUACCAACGAAGAAGUCGCGAUAUUACUCACAAGAGAUUGUCUUCGGUGAAGAUUUUCAAAAAGCAUUAGGCGAAACGAAAUAUUUCGUGGUUGGUUCGGGUGCCAUCGGUUGUGAAAUGUUAAAGAACUUCGCUAUGAUGGGCUUAGGAUGUGGAGAAGGUGGUCAUAUCUAUGUUACAGACAUGGACUCUAUCGAGAAAUCAAAUUUGAAUCGACAAUUUCUCUUCCGCUCAUGGGACAUCGGAAAAAUGAAGUCUCAGGUAGCAAGCGAAGCGGUCAAACACAUGAAUCCAAGUAUGAACAUUCGCGCAUAUGUCGACGGUGUUUUACCUGAAACCGAAAAUAUCUAUAAUGAUCACUUCUUUGAACGAUUAGACGGUGUUGUCAAUGCACUUGACAAUGUCAAAGCCCGUCAAUAUGUCGACCGUCGUUGUGUUUAUUAUCAAAAACCAUUGGUUGAUAGUGGCACAUUAGGUACAAAGGCCAGUGUUCAAGUUGUUGUUCCAUUCCUUACGGAAUCAUACUCAUCAACAAAUGAUCCACCUGAUCCGUCGGUACCAAUGUGUACAUUACGUAAUUUCCCUAAUUUGAUUGAACAUACAAUUGAAUGGGCGCGUGAUAAUUUCGCUGGUCUUUUUACUAUUCCUGCUCAACAAGCUGAAGAGUUCAUUCGUUCAGGAAAAGAAUUCGCCGAACGAACAUCUAAAAAUCAUUCAGAAUAUGAUAAAAAUGAAAUUGUUGACAACGUCAAACGUAUUCUCGGUUCUGAACGUCCAAAAACUUUCACCGAUUGCAUAAAAUGGUCGCGAAAUCUAUUUGAACAACAAUUCCACAAUACAAUUGCCCAAUUACUUUACAAUUUCCCACGUGAACACGUCACCAGCAAAGGUGACCGUUUCUGGAGUGGAAACAAACGUUGCCCACAUGUACUGAAGUUCGAUGCCAACAAUAAACUUCAUUUAGACUUUAUUGUCGCUGCAUCAAACCUAUUAGCAUAUAUGUAUCACAUCGAAGGAUCGCGUGAUCGACAAGCUAUUGCUAAAGAAGUAGUGAAAAUUCUUGUUCCCGAAUUUCAGCCCAAGUCUGGUGUUACCAUUCAUGAAAAUGAUGAACAAUUAAGAGCUGAUAAUGAACGGCAGAAGAACAUGAAUGCUAUGCGUAAAGGAGGUCAAGGCGCAAAUGAAUCAGAAGCUGAUUUAAUCCUUGCGCGGUUACCCAAUCGCGAUGAUAUCAGUCAUAUUAAAAUUCGAGCACAUGAAUUUGAAAAAGAUGAUGAUACCAACUUUCAUAUGGAUUACAUUGCCGCAACAGCGAAUCUCCGCGCUGAAAAUUAUGAAAUUCAAACAGCUGAUCGUAGCAAGAUUAAACGUAUUGCUGGAAAUAUCAUUCCAGCUAUUGCAACGACCACUGCGAUGGUUACUGGUUUAGUUUGUCUUGAAGUUUACAAAUUCAUUCAAAAGCAUAAGAAAAUUGAAUCAUUUCGAAAUGGUUUCGUCAAUUUGGCUUUACCAUUCUUUGGCUUUUCCGAACCAGUUCCACCAAAACGUCAAAAAUAUCUCGACAAAGAUUUUACUUUGUGGGAUCGAUUCGACGUUAAGGGCGAUAUGACAUUGGAAGAACUGAUUGAAUACUUCAAACGUGAACAUAAACUCGUACCAAACAUGAUUUCAGCAGGAAUGUCCGUUAUUUAUAGUCCACAUUUUAUGCGCAAGGAAAGCAAAGCACAAGAUAUGAAACGAAAAAUUUCAGAAUUGUUUGAAACGGUGACCAGAAGCAAGAUACCUGCCCAUGUUUGUUCACUUACAUUAGACAUGUUAUGCAAUGAUCUUGAAGGAAAUGAUCGAUUGUUUUCAUCAGAUAUCUGCCGACUGAGUAAGACAUCUUUCGACGGUUAUUGUUGUUUUGAUUUUUAUUGCACCAUUGCAAUCUAUCGAUGUCGAACGAAGGAACACGAUGAAUAUUAUCAUACGUCUUUUCCUGUACCCAAAUAUAGAAUUCACUCGAUAAUGCCUAUCAAUCUUCGACAUUCGUUUAAUCAAAUUCCAUUACCCUCACUUCCGUAUUAUACGCUAAUUAGUAGUACAUUAUUAGUUGGUCAUGUUUUUUAUCUUCACCAAUCGAUCCAAUCGAACGUGAACAAUUCUUUAGCUGAUACGAAUAUCACAAAUCAUAGUAUAUUAAAUGCUAAUCAAACAAACGUUGCUAUCGACUCGAAGCCAUUCUCCUGGAAUUAUAUUCGAACAUUCAUGACAACUCUCUUCUCACAAUCACUUUCACUCCUGAUAUUUGUGAAUGUGAUCUAUUGCUUUGCAGCAUUAUUAGCACGACAAUUACAAAGAUUUGUCUUUGGUGAAUUACGUGCGGUAGAAUUACAACGAAUAAAAGAUAAAUUUUGGAAUUAUACAUUUUAUAAGUUUUGUUUUCUUUUUGGCGUACUUGGUCUCGAAAAUUUACAUGAACUCAUACUUUGGAUAUCCUGGUUUUUCAUACUGGCUUUCGCUUUCCUUUUUUGUCAAUUAAUUAAAGAUCGUUUCGAAUUAUUUUCAACCUCGAUCACCGUUUCUCGACAAUCAUUGAAUCGUAUACUUUGUCUACUGAUCUGUUUACUAUGUUUAUGUUCUGGUUUAUUCAGUCUUUGCUACCUCGUCGGGUUCAAACACGGUGGACUAUCAAUCUUUAUGUUUAUGUUAGCUGAAAGUCUCUUAUUGACACUUGAUACAAGUUAUCUGAUACUUAAAUACGCUUUGCUUCAGCAACGAACCAAUGAAUAUCGUUCGCAAAUUCUUUACUAUUUAGAAUUUAGUUUCGAUAUAUCCGCCUUGGUUAUUGAUAUUUGUUAUCAUUUACAAAUGUUGUUUUAUCAUCAUACAUUCAUGUCGAUGUCGUCGUUGAUCUUUUUUAUGCAAUUGAAACCAUUGUUUAAUGAGUUAACACAGCGGUUGAAACGACAUCGAUCGUAUCGAUUGGCGAUGACACGUAUGGAAAAGAAAUAUCCGUUAUUGACCAAACAUGACUUAGAAGAAAAAGCUCGAAAACAAAAUUGUUUGUCAAGCUCCGAAGAAAUCUGUGCUAUUUGUUGGGAAAAAUUUGAUAAAGCUCGUUGCUUACCAUGUGGCCAUUUAUUUCAUCAAAAUUGUCUUCGCAGUUGGCUGGAACAAGAUGCAUCAUGUCCAAUAUGUCGAUUAUCAUUGCAGGACGACACAAAUGCAGUAGCUUCACGAACAGCCUCGAUUAAUCAUGAUUUACCAAUCACGACGGAUCAGCGUCGAGGACGUAAUCAUCUGUUUCGUUUUGAUGGCCAUCGGUAUUCGUCAUGGUUACCAAGUUUUUCAAUUAUGAUCAAUCACAACUUCCCAUUUCGGUUUGGUCGCGCCCGUUUGACUGGCGUUCAGUUGACAAGUAUGGCACAAAGUAUCCAACAUGUUUUUCCGCAAAUGCCAUUUGAAGUUAUUCUUGCCAAUCUACAACAAACGCAAUCAAUGGAUGCAACUAUUGAUAAUAUCGUUGAACGACGUAUUCAAUUCGAACCACAACAGGAACAAGAAGAUGACGAUGAAGAAAAUGAAGAUGAAAAUGCACCAACGUCGGAACUCGAUGUCUCAUCUGGAAUUCCUCUCGAAACUACAGAAUCAAAUUAUCGUAAUCUGUUAUUAAAUUCAUUGGAAACAAUUGAAGACAAUGCGGAUAGUUUUGUAUGGCCACUAGACCCUAGUUUACCAUUUGAACAUCGCAAACAACUGCUGAUCUCACAUAUGCGACGACAAUAUCUUGCACGUGAUCGUCGUCUUCAAUUAUCAUCAAACAAAUGUGAUCAAUAA